AUGGCGUCUUCCCUAAUGGUUGUCCUCCCCCUUCUCCUCCUCGUGGUGUGCCCGUACGCCGCCGUGUCGUACCCGGCCGGCACUUGCCGCUACACGCGCCUGUUCAGCUUGGGCGAUUCGUUGACCGACACCGGCAACUUUGCCAGCUUGUCCCCCAACAGAUCCGUGUUGGCGUUCCCCUACGGAGAGACCUUCUUCCGCCGCCCCACUGGCCGGUUCUGCGACGGCCGGCUCAUCGUCGACUUCAUUGCGGAGGCGUUGAAGCUGCCGCUCUCGACACCGUUCCUCCUCGGGAAGACGGCGGAGGACUUCCGGGCGGGAGCCAACCUGGCGGUGUCCGGCGCGACGGCGCUGAGCCAGCAGCUGUUCAGGGACAUGGGGCUGGACCUCACCAUCCUGCCACCCUACUCGCUGGACGUGCAGCUGGAGUGGCUCAAGCGCGUGCUCCACAUGCUCGCCCCAACCGGGCCAGAGCGGCAGGACAUCAUGUCGAGCUCUCUUUUCCUGUUGGGGGAGAUUGGGAUUAACGACUACAACCACCCUUUCUUCCAGAACCGAUCCUUCACGGCCCAGAUCAGGCCCUUGCUCCCAAAGGUCAUCAAAAAGAUUGAAAACGCUACCAAGGUGUUGAUCGGGCUUGGAGCAAAGACGAUCGUGGUCCCCGGAGUCAUCCCCAUGGGCUGCGUCCCGAGGUACCUCACCAUCUUCCAGAGCAACGACCCCGGCGACUACGACGCCGCCGGCUGCAUCAGGUGGCUCAACGACUUCGCCGAGGAGCACAACCGCGCGCUCAGGCACAUGCUGGACCACAUCCGUCCCCGGGAUCCCACGGUCGCCGUCGUCGUCUACGCCGACUACUACGGCGCCAUCCUGGAGAUCACCCGCAGCCCCCAGAAACACGGGUUCAGGAAGGACGUUGCUUUGACCGCGUGCUGCGGCGACGGCGGGCCCCACAACUCUGGCAAGCUCAUCGCCUGCAGCGCCACGUCGAUUCUCUGCCCUGACCCGUCCAGGCACAUCUCCUGGGACGGGAUCCAUCUCACUGAAGCUGCGUACCAGUUCGUGGCGCGUGGCGUCCUGGACGGACCAUACGCUGCACCCUCCAUGCUCUCCAAAUGCAGACGCUAA